UCCAGUAACUUCUCCUGUGACGUCUCCAGUACAGCCAACAAUAGGACCAAGUCCUUCNAAGAUAGGACCGAGUCCAUCGAAUCCAGUAACUUCUCCUGUGACGUCUCCAGUACAACCAACAAAAGGACCAAGUCCAUCUCAGAUAGGACCUCAACCAUCAAAUCCAGUAACUUCUCCUGUGACGUCUCCAGUACAGCCAACAAUAGGACCAAGUCCUUCNAAGAUAGGACCUCAACCAUCAAAUCCAGAAACUUCUCCUGUGACGUCUCCAAUACAACAAACAAAAGGACCAAGUCCAUCNAAGAUAGGACCUCAACCAUCAAAUCCAGAAACUUCUCCUGUGACGUCUCCAAUACAACAAACAAAAGGACCAAGUCCUUCNAAGAUAGGACCUCAACCAUCAAAUCCAGUAACUUCUCCUGUGACGUCUCCAAUACAGCCAACAAUAGGACCGAGUCCAUCNAAGAUAGGACCUCAACCAUCAAAUCCAGUAACUUCUCCUGUGACGUCUCCAAUACAACCAACAAUAGGACCGAGUCCAUCUCAGAUAGGACCUCAACCAUCAAAUCCAGUAACUUCUCCUGUGACGUCUCCAGUACAGCCAACAAAAGGACCAAGUCCUUCNAAGAUAGGACCGAGUCCAUCAAAUCCAGUAACUUCUCCUGUGACGUCUCCAGUACAACCAACAAAAGGACCAAGUCCUUCNAAGAUAGGACCUCAACCAUCAAAUCCAGUAACUUCUCCUGUGACGUCUCCAGUACAGCCAACAAUAGGACCGAGUCCUUCNAAGAUAGGACCGAGUCCAUCNAAGAUAGGACCUCAACCAUCGAAUCCAGUAACUUCUCCUGUGACGUCUCCAAUACAGCCAACAAUAGGACCGAGUCCUUCNAAGAUAGGACCNGAAUCCAUCGAAUCCAGNAACUUCUCCUGNGACGUCUCCAUAACUUCUCCUGUGACGUCUCCAGUACAGCCAACAAAAGGACCGAGUCCAUCNAAGAUAGGACCUCAACCAUCAAAUCCAGUAACUUCUCCUGUGACGUCUCCAGUACAGCCAACAAAAGGACCAAGUCCUUCNAAGAUAGGACCUCAACCAUCAAAUCCAGAAACUUCUCCUGUGACGUCUCCAAUACAACAAACAAAAGGACCAAGUCCUUCNAAGAUAGGACCUCAACCAUCAAAUCCAGUAACUUCUCCUGUGACGUCUCCAAUACAGCCAACAAUAGGACCGAGUCCAUCAAAUCCAGUAACUUCUCCUGUGACGUCUCCAACACAACCAACAAUAGGACCGAGUCCAUCNAAGAUAGGACCUCAACCAUCAAAUCCAGUAACUUCUCCUGUGACGUCUCCAGUACAGCCAACAAAAGGACCAAGUCCUUCNAAGAUAGGACCUCAACCAUCAAAUCCAGAAACUUCUCCUGUGACGUCUCCAAUACAACCAACAAUAGGACCGAGUCCAUCNAAGAUAGGACCUCAACCAUCAAUUCCAGUAACUUCUCCUGUGACGUCUCCAGUACAGCCAACAAUAGGACCAAGCCCUUCNAAGAUAGGACCAAGUCCUUCNAAGAUAGGACCUCAACCAUCAACUCCAGUAACUGUCUACCAUAUAGUUCUUCAACCAUCAUCUCCAGACCUCAGUCCAUCAAAUCCAGUAACUUCUCCUGUGACGUCUCCAAUACAACCAACAAUAGGACCGAGUCCAUCUCAGAUAGGACCUCAUCCAUCAAUUCCAGUAACUUCUCCUGUGACGUCUCCAGUACAGCCAACAAUAGGACCGAGUCCUUCNAAGAUAGGACCAAGUCCUUCNAAGAUAGGACCNAGUCCAUCGAAUCCAGUAACUUCUCCUGUGACGUCUCCAGUACAGCCAACAAUAGGACCAAGUCCUUCNAAGAUAGGACCUCAACCAUCGAAUCCAGUAACUUCUCCUGUGACGUCUCCAAUACAGCCAACAAUAGGACCGAGUCCAUCNAAGAUAGGACCUCAACCAUCAAAUCCAGUAACUUCUCCUGUGACGUCUCCAAUACAACCAACAAAAGGACCAAGUCCAUCNAAGAUAGGACCGAGUCCAUCGAAUCCAGUAACUUCUCCUGUGACGUCUCCAGUACAGCCAACAAAAGGACCAAGUCCUUCNAAGAUAGGACCGAGUCCAUCGAAUCCAGUAACUUCUCCUGUGACGUCUCCAGUACAACCAACAAAAGGACCAAGUCCUUCNAAGAUAGGACCUCAACCAUCAAAUCCAGUAACUUCUCCUGUGACGUCUCCAAUACAGCCAACAAUAGGACCAAGUCCUUCNAAGAUAGGACCGAGUCCAUCNAAGAUAGGACCUCAACCAUACGUCUCCAGACCGAGUCCUUCNAAGAUAGGACCGAGUCCAUCNAAGAUAGGACCUCAACCAUCGAAUCCAGUAACUUCUCCUGUGACGUCUCCAAUAA